AUAGCUCCAGCAGAAAUACGAGCCCGGGGACAUGGUGCACAGGCUAUUUAUGAAAUGGCCCUAAGAGAUGGAUAUGUGAAUGUCUACCGGGGUCGAAUUUUGCUUCUUGGCCAGGAUCGCGCUGGGAAAACGAGUUUGAAGAAAUACCUCAUAGGUCUUCCAUUCGAUCCAGAAGAAGAAAGCACUGUUGGAAUUGACCCCUCAAAGUUUGAGAUUCAUGCAGAUCGAAUUAAAAACUGGUCUUGCAACAGCGAAAACAAAACGUUGUUGUCCGAGGUUUCCAGAGGUGUUGCAAGAGUAGUCGCUGAGAAAAAGUACCUUUCGAUUCUGUCUGAAGGAGACGAUUCAGCAGUGGAAUCUGACGGAGUAUCUUCGAGACAAGAGUCGAAAUAUAAAGCAAUGGGGGAUGUGGAUAAUGGCUCCCAAACAAAUCAGGUACUUAAGAACUACGGUAGAACCUCUCUUAAGCGGCCACCCUUGAGGAAGGGACAAAUGGGUGCUAAAGAGAGGCUCUAUUACGGUGAUUUACUAAAAGCCUUGAACGUCGGCAUUCUAGUAACUUGCCGCUAAAUAGAGAGUGGGCGCUUUGUAGAGUCGACUGUAAAUCCUCUUGUAAUUCCGACAAAGGUCUUCUCCAAAACUAGCUUAUAUUUUUAGAAUUUUAAAACCUAUAAUAUGGGAAUGCCUUUUUGGAGGAGCAUUUUCUGCAGGGGCCUGUUUCUCGAAAGGUCUGCAGUUAAUAGCUUCGCAGAUAAUGUCAGAAAACUAUCAGGUAACAAAACAAAAUGGAGUGGUUUCUUAACAAGGACCCGCGCUUUUAUUCUUAAGAUUUUUAUGGAAUAUUUGAUUUCAGGCCCGAAACGUUACCUAGACUUUCGAGAAACGGGCCUUAAGGCCGAUGAUGUAAAUAAAAAUCAGCCCGCUGGAAGUCAUUUGCGACCGGCAGAGGGAUCAGCGAACUCAGUUUUAAAUUGUAAGCAGCUCAGAUGAAGUGCGUUAAACAGGUUACAGUUAUGCUCAUAACUUGUUUACCAAUGGUUGGACCUUUGUUAGUGGUGAUAUUUAUGAAAAAAUGCUGGAAACUAUUGCCAGUCAUCAUAAUUUGGGCUGAUUGACGGUUUCUAAAAACGACCCCGCUAGCAAUGACCUGAGACUCGCGAAGAUUAGCUGUCAGUACGCAUAAGACGUUUAUAGUACUUUUCGUUCCUAAACAAUAAUAAAGCUUGUUUCGUCGUCGUGGACCUGCUACCUUAAAUUGGCGCUAAAGCUACUUACCUGUUUACUGUAAGGGGACUCAAAAAACAGGUAAACUGACAUUGGCGUCAUGAUUUGAAUCAAGUUGCUCAUCAGUUCCGCUUGAUACGUCCUGCGACUUUCAGUAAAUUCAAAUUUAACGGUUUGAAGACGCGGUUGAGUUUCAUACAAGUUCAUAGGCAAAGUCAACGAUCAGCCCAUUCUGUGUGCUGUCUAGCACCAGUAUUUACAGUGAAUUUCAGCCAACGUGCACGUUUCGUUCGGCUUGCUAUGCUAAUUUUACUAAUCUUUUUGUGUGGUGGGCCGUUUGACUUUUUUAUGCCAGGCCAAGGGAACUGCAUUUGAUGUUGCAAGGUUUUAAUGUGAAUUGAGAUGUGUAUAGUGAACUGCUUCCUGCUUCUUGCUUCCUACUAAGAAACCUUAGCUUUUGCAUAUAAUGCAAACGUUACCUUCAACCUCGUUCCCAGGAUCCUCUUCUUUGCUUCCUUUCUUUUCUUCUUUCUUUCCCACAACUGGAAAAGACAAUUGUCAUUUCCCAUUUUGGUGCUUUUUCGUCCUUUCUUAAUAAACAAUAUCUCAGUCCCAGUAAACAAAUUAGCAAAUUCCAUUUUCCUCGUGUAAAAACAGGCCAAUCCCAGUUGCCUUUUAACCCCUUCAGGGCUCUCUUCUUUUUACUUUUGACCGAAACGGCUGCUUUCCCUGAUUGUCAACGGGAAACCAAGACUACACCCUUUGACAUACCCCUCAGCAAAGGUCAAAUAAGGUCAUUUCAUUAUAGAUUUGUACGUCAUUUUUAGGUGUAAGUAUUAAAAACAUUUAUGAGAAAACGGUUAUGUGAAAACAUGAAUUCCCCUUACUGGCUAAAAUAAAGCAAAAUUUGGUUUCAGUUUGCCAAGGAUGCUGAUUUUCUCAAGGAGGCAAACAUUUCAGCUGAACAGAGCAAUGGGGCAGGUUGUCCUGGGGAUGGCCGUGAUGUUUCCAAGGAAGCAGCCGAUUUUUUACUGAAGAAAUUGGAAAUGCAUCCCCCCGCAGACGUCACAGAACAUGCUGAUAAGUGUUUCAAGCAAAUAUUACGUGAAGGUCACCAAGCUGUCUAUAGUGCCAACAAAGAAGAUUCUAUCGUAGUCGUGGAUUUAUGGGAUUUUGCAGGACAGCACCUGUACUAUGCAUCCCAUCCUGUCUUUUUGUCACCACGAGCUCUUUAUGUUGUUGUGCACAACCUGAGCAAACCACUUGAUGCCUUGGCUGAACCCUGUGUUAGACAGGGAACUCAUGAUGUGAUUUUGGAGAACCCAAACUCCGAAACCAAUUUGGACAAUUUAUUGUCUUGGCUUGUUACAGUUCACCAGCUGAAACCAAGAGGGGAAGAGAAAGACAAAAGCGAAAGACAGGUGCCUUAUCUGCGGCCUCCAGUUAUCAUUGUUGGUACACAUGCAGACCAACCAUUUGAAGACACUAAAACAAUGAUAUCACAAAUAGAGCAGCGAAUUUCUGGCGAGGAAUACGCACAGCAUGUGAUCCGGCCACUCUUUAGCAUUGAUAACACACAAGGUGUUUUAAGCGGCGAUAACGCACAGAGUAAUAUGUCACCAUGGGAAUAUUGGACAAAACCGAUGAAGAAUUUGUUAUGGACGGAUCCACAAGCAGGUAGAGUCCUUUUAUGAAAAUUAGUUGUAAAUGUAAUUUGAACUUCAAACGUUCAUUUAUUACUGAACUCAAUCGGGAAACAGACACUAAUGCGUCUAAACUGACCAAUGGUACAACAACCAAGUAAAUUUUUUUGAAAUUGAGGAUUGCAGAUUGAAAACUGGUUGUUUCAAUGUGCUGUUAUUUUUGCAUCACGAGCAAAAACGUCACGAGAAAUUUCUUUUAAUUCAUGACAACAUGAAAGCCGUAAAUUGAGCGCUUUAAUUUUGCACAGAGUCCUGAGCUUAAAGGUAACCCUGGAAGAAGAACCUUUUUGUGGCUAAUAUCACCCCUUAGGGAAGGCGAGGCCACUAUGUUGUAAUGUCGUGGUCAUGUAAGUUCGUAAGUUCGUAAACUUUCGCAGAAUACCCAAUACCGCGACAAAACAAUUUAGCCCGGUUGUUGUUGCGGUUACUUUAGCAGCCAAGAAAGGCCUUUGGCGAUGAAUUUCAACGGCAGAGGUGUUUUACAGCGAAAAUCGUGGCAAGAGAGCGCUUGUAAUGCUUCUCACGCCGCAGACAAGUUUGCUUCUGCCGGCCAUAUGUUCUUCGAGUGCAAUGAAAUGCGUUAAAGUUCGUCUUGUUACCGUCAAAACCUUACUUAUUUUCCUGAAAUCUAUUUUUGUAAUCCAUGUAACGACCCGACUAGCUUCAAACGGCGUUUUCCGGCAUUAUGUGCGCAGAAAAAAUGCUGUAAAUAGAUUACUCUGACAGUCACUUGCCAUGGGAGUGAAAUCUUUCUUGACCCUGUCGCGUAGGCGUGUACCGUGCGAGUGUGCAUACCGAGUUCAACGCCAGCUUAGUACACGUUUUUGUUUUUGUUUUCUUCUUUCUUGGCGUUUUCCCUAUUAUUCCUAAGUUGGUUCUUUUCCUGAGCUUCGUGAGGUUUUGUGAGACACGUAUUCCUAGUACAAUAAUGCGUAUUUUUAAACUUGUAGCCACAUGCAGUCGUAAACCUUUAUUUAAUAGCGAAGUGGUAACUUAUUGCACCAGCAUCAACUUAACUUAGAGUUGCUUUCAGUAACGCCCUUGAAACCCACAGCCCGUUAACUUAAACCUGUUUUUCAUACAACGCUAUUUAGAUUAAAACUUACAUAUUACUAUAAUAUAAAUUUAUGAGAUGUCGGAGUUGAGAAAAGUCUGACACCUUUUUAUAGCCGGCACGCAAUUAAGUUGACUUUUGGAUAACAUGUCCAAACUGGAGCCUCUUUAUCGCGGAUAAAUAAUCUAAGUCUUGUUUGUAGAGUCUGUUGUUUUGACUAGUGACUGACCUAUUUUUGUUUUUCAUUUGUAUCGUAAGGGUGUGACUCUUCUGUUCCCUCUGGGGACGGAAUUGUCGCAUUGAGGGACAGGAUCAUGGAGGUGUUGAGACAGGAGCCUUACAUGGGAGAGAAAAUACCAAUCAGGUGGAGUAGGAUAUUUCACCUUGGUCUUUUAGGCUAUUAGAAGUUAGUAGAAAGCAAAAUCACGUGCAACCUCGUUCCCAGGUUCUCUCUCGUACCCGUUGGGUAGGAGAGGACCCUGGGAAUGAGGUUGAAUCACGUGGUGUAAUGAAAAACGAUUUGUAACACAGCAAGCGUAUAAUGUGCGCUCUGAGUCGAGAGGUUGGAAAGCCGAUGAGUGCAAAUCCUGGGUUAGUUACCAUGACAACUGAUAUGCCCUGUUUGUAGCUAACCCAGGAUAACCGCUACUUGGGCUUUGAACUACUUGGCCAUUGAGUGUCAAGUAGCCUUAUCCAAUUUACCCAUAGGUGCUUGCUGAAGAAAGUAAGUGCCCGCGCUCGAGGCGCUACACGUCAUUUAUACAUAAACACAACCUUUUUUGGCGGAGUUCAUCAAGAUUUAUACCUUAAUGUGAACUCGAACUUUUUAUGGCCCAUCUUGCGACUGGAAACGACUGAUUCAGCCGGAAGAACGCUUUCAAAGACAAGUCUUGGAAAAGAGUGGUUUUCACAGGUGCAUGCACUGAUAUUUUUGUGUGUUGGCUCAACCCAGUAUUUUGGGGGCUCACCUUCCCUCUUUGAACUUCUUUUACCUAAACAAUUUAAUCAUUAUUGUAAAUCCAUUAUAACGCAUAGAUUACCCGUAGACUGAUCUAUAUUUUGAUAUUAUUAUUUUUACGAUCGGAAUGAAAAUCACGUAGUAAGAUCUUGAUCGAAUUUUAGCUCUUACCUGCAUUUUUUCAAAAAUGGCCCUAGACUAUGUUUACUUUGUGUGCUUUUCUUUUGCUGUGCGAAGUUUCACAAAAAUCAAGCUGAGAAAUUAUGAGAUAUUUUAUAUAUGGGGUAUAUUUUAUGCGUGAACUAAAGACUGGAAUUUAUCAAACAACUUUUUGGAUGUUUGCGGAAAGUUUGUACCACUUACUCUUUUCCCGUGUACUUUCUCCAAACCUCUGAAACCAGGUAGACUUAAGCGAUUUCGAAACACACGAAAAUAUAUGAAUCGGGCAGAGCAAAACACACUAUUGAGCGCAGCAUUGUUUUUAAGGCUUCAUUCACAUAAACAGCGAUUAAAUCGAAUUGAUUUUCUUUAAACGUUUUCAGGGUUACACUCAAUAAUUAGUGCACUAUAUAAUCUUUGAAUUUCAUAUCCGUUGAAAACUUGUGAAUUCGUUUGACGUACGCUCAUAGUUGAGUGAAUAUUGAAGUGAUGUCAUUUUGUGCUCUGGGAUUUCCUAUUUUCCUGUCUCGUGUUUAGAACAAACAGUCCCAAGCAUCACGCGUGAAUUGCCGCGCUUGGCUGCCCUCCGAAAUUUGCCGAGCCACCUAACAAACCACGUAAGACAACGAAGUCACCUAUAAAAGUACAUACAUAUGUAUGACGAAAUUUUUUAAAAACGGUUUUUAUGGCCGAUAGCAUUUGAAAAUUCGCAAUGAUAAGUUCAAAUUAAGGUGGCUCGACCACAUUUUGUAGGAAAUAUACUUUCCCACUUUGAGCGUUUACUACGUCGGCAUUAACAAAAAUAUCGGAAAAAGGUUAAGAAAGGCUGUACUGUAUAAAGAUGAAAAUUUGUUAUGAUCCUUGUUUUAUUGACAUGGCAGUUGCCGUGGUAACGUAAUGACGCCUUUUCGUUUUUUACUUUUCUUUCUACCACUCGGUACCAGGAGUCUUUUUCAGAAGUCGCUUAAGGGAACUUGUACCUCCCUUAGUUGCCUCAAUUAUGGCAAAGUUUGAAGAAAUUCUAUGAGAGCGUUUUAGAAAUAAUUUCGAACAAGGUUUAAGGGUCGUAAAAACAGCGAAUAAACAUGCCAUCGGCAUAAUUUACUAAUAUCUAAAGAAAAUGAUGAGCUCUGAAAAUGCAGUUUCAUCUUAUAACGGUUUGAUUCCAUCUGAAACUGUCUACGAAAAAAGACGACGGGGAUUACUUUGGCCGAUUGCGAGAAAGGAGAAUUUGAUUAGCAUACGUUCGGCAGCUGCUUUCUUCACCAUUUUUGUAUGUAAUUUGGUCCACGCCUACAAAUUUCACGGUAAUUUACAAACCGAUGGAUAGUUUGUUUAAAAAACUUGACAAUCCCGAAAUUAGUCAUCAAUUUAUAUCGCCUCCAAGUUUCUAGGACAUUGAAAACAAGGAAGGCAAUUAACGGGACUUCAAAUGCCACCAAUUUUUCCCCCAGAUUUGUGUCUUCAAGUGAGCGUCCUCAUUAUUCACUGUCAUUGUUUAUCUAUCUUAGCCAUAUAUUUCCCUCUCUGUUAUUGUUUGACACAAGAUUCUUUUCAGGCAAACCCAAAACGUCCAAUUAUGCUGCUUUGAGGUCUUUCGAGCCCUUUUAAAAGUAUUUUUGGGGAUUUGAAUGACAAGCAGAAGAGUAUCAGAACCUCAACCUGCUGCACUUUUUGUGUUUACAUCGAAAAUAAGGUCAUUCAAGUAAACUGUCGACUUAAUGCAUCUUCAUCUUAUACAUUCACUAUUUUUGCAAUUAAAGUUAAAGAGUUUUCAAACCUGAGAUUUGUUUAUCUAAAACAUGUUUCCUUGGUAACUGAAACGGACACCCACCUUUUUUGCGUAUCACAUGGGCAAAGUACUUUUAUAAAGUAUGGAACUCCAAGUCACAUGUUCAGUUCAUCUCACCUGCAUUAUCACACUAGCAGAUUUUACCUACCUGAGAGGAUUUCCCUUUCAGUGCAUCGCUAAAUAGCUUCGUCUUUAAAAUUCUUUAAAACUUCGAAAACAACCUAGUCUGUCAUUUCCUCGGUGGUUCAGUGUCGCCAUCUUGGAAAUUUCAUGGACUACCACAGGUUAUUAUGGACCUUCUGACCACGAGCCAUGAUAGCAUUAGCGCAUGAUAGUUAAGACCUUAAUCAGCUAUCGUCAGUUAUGAUCAUUUUGCUCACCCUUAAUGAGAUGUUGAUGUGUUACUGACUGUAACAUAGAAAGAAAAAUUACUCAAUUGUGAUUGACUAACGAGGAGGGCAUUUUUAAAAUUAAUUUUGGUAAUCAGCAGGGCAAAAUUACUUGAUUAAUUGGACUCUAAUAACUGGUCGCUUAAAAGGAGACCCCGUAAUACAGAUGCCACUCUAUUUUGUUACUCCAAAUCUAGACGCUGUGUAAUAACAUAUCUUCUAACUAAGCUUUUAAAGUUUGUUUGUGACACCUUUUUUAUGAUUAAUAGAUGGCUGACCUUCGAAAAAGUAAUCGACUGUUUGGUAGCUGAAAGCUUUCGUCACAUAAAUGUGCGAAGACUUCAAACCAUCGCCGAAAAAGUCUGCUUCAUAACAGAUGAGGACGAGUUUCACACAGUGUUGAAUUUCUAUCACGACCUUGGAUUAAUUGUAAAGCACCGCGACACGGUUUUUCUGGACGCACGAUGGCUUAUAGACCUGUUUAGACAACUGAUUACCAUUCCCCGUUUUGACAAAGCGGUACGUAUUUGUGAUGUCCGGUAGUGAGGCAAUAAUGAUCUCAGUAGUAGUAAUUUUUAAUUCAGAUAUUUGCUGGCCCCUUAUAAGGCCCUGCUAAGGUAAAUUUUCGACAGACGACAUGGCCUUGAGAAAAGCGACAUGUUAAGACAGAUGAAAUGACGACAAACGAUAGAAAGAUGGGUUGAAAAUGCGACAACAACAAAGACAGGCUCAAUACAGUCGCAAAAUGCCGACAGGGACAUCUUAACCACUACUCAGCACGGGAAACGACGGGUUUUGAAGUUCUUGGGUACAUAUGUAACCCCUCUAAGAUGCCCUCUCUCAUAUUAUCGUAAGAAGGGCUUUACAAACGCUCGGCAAUGGUCAAUAGACACAAGAAAAAUGGAAAAAUCUAUUUCCUUAGUUUUUUUAGAAAGCCUAAAAUGCGAUGUAAGGUUUGAUGUCUCAUAUUCGUUUUGCCGACCGUACUAUAAAAACAGCCUAUGUAUGCGGAAGUAUAGUGGCCAUGAAGUGGGAGUAUUUAUUUAUUUCUUAUUGCUUUUGCGUCAAACUUCAUCGUUAAGAGCUUGUGGUGCGACGACUUUUUAAUUUCUGAAUUAUCAUACGGUUUAAUUUUUCUUUUUUCAUAGUUACAUAUUGUGGCAAAUAGAAGAUACUUUUCUUUGUAGUAUUUGUAAUGCCUUUUCGACCAUCUAUCAUUGCUUACGCCUCGUGGGAAGUUCGAAAGUGAAUCGUGUUUUGCGCAAAGUACAGAAAUUUCUCGCUUGCUUGGGUACUGGGUCCGCACUGAGUUACUCCAAUCGCGUAAAUUGAUAAGUAGGCGUGACAAUGUUCGUGACGGGAGUUUUCUAAUGCAAUUUAAAAAUAAGAUUACAGACUCGAACUUAGGUAAAGUAAUGGCUAAAUACAAUGAUCAGCGCCUUUCCCCGGGUUUGAUUAGGAUGAUUAAAACUCGAAUGACUGUGAAUUGUUAAAACAUUCUUGAAAUAUCUAUCUGGCUAGGCUUGUCAGAAGAGGAAAAUGCUAUUAACGUGAUGGAAAAAUGAAAGACCAUACACAAUGGUGAAUAAAACGAAAACAGUUCAGGGAAAUGGCACAGUCGCGAAACAGUACGUCUUCUGCAGUGCACAUUGAAACGUAAAGGAAAGAAAGCAAAAACUCUCACAGAAAAAAACUCAUUGAACCUGAUGACUUUGCCAGUAGCCCGCGGCUACUUUCUUGGCAUUUUUGUACGUUUGAUAAACCUGGUGUUUCGAUCUCGCUUACUAGGUACAAGUGUUUCAAUUCCUCUGUUAUAUUCUGUUGAAUUCGUUAUCAAAGGAUAUCACCAUAAAUGCAGCAGAGGAAAGCCCCGUUACAGAGUUCUUCUAUAUUAUUUCUUCUGAGAUUUAUAUAUAUUCAUUUAUAAUAUAUAUUUUUUAGAAAAUUAAAGUCGAACCUUCUCGUGCAACCGUCUCUCGUAAUGACCACCUCUCAUAAGCCACCACCUGUCCCAAAUACCAAAAUCAGCUUUGCGAAUCAAAUCAGUAUGGCUGGAACCUCUCAUAAAAGACCACCAAAUCUUGGUAUCAAUAUUGCCCCUUGAGAAAUACAUAUACCGUAGAACCCGGUAACUCGAAGUCGGAAGGGAAACGAAAAACAGUUCGAGGUAGCGGGGCUUCGAGUUAUCUGGAUCGAUUGAAUAUUCAAUUUCCCAUGUUAAUAAUGGAUAGUUACUGAUUUUCCAGCACUUCAGUGCGUAGACCUCGUUCAUAAUGGCGGUCUAUUAAUAUAUUCUUUUAUAUGAUUGUAUGAUAAUUAGCCUUUCUGACCUCGUUGCAAAAUACAAAAUAAUUCUUACUUUCACGCGAGACCAGAAGGGCUCAUUUAAAUACAUAUGAAAGAACAAAUAAAUGGGUCGUUAUUAUCAAAGAGGUCUAUAGUACAGUCCAAAUUUAACUUAUUUCAUCAGAAACGGUGGCAUGAUUGUGCAUUUUUAUGAUAAAACGUGAUAUUGUCAUUGCACCAAUUAAAUUGAAAUUGCUGUAGUGUUAGCUUAGUGUUUUUACCGAUUAUAUGUCAUGGCUUUUGGGUGGGUUACAAGAACCAGAGUUCGAGUUACUGAGGGUGAAUUUCAGUGAAAUUUUAAUCAAGGGAAAGGAAGUUGAGUUCAAGUUAGCAGGGAAUUCGAGUUUUAUCCGAGUUCGAGGUAACCGGGUGAAAAUGACUGAAACCUGGGGUGAAAUCAAAGGAAAAUGGAACGUAGUUCGAGUUAGCGGGGAGUUCGCGUUAUCCAAGUUCGAGGUAUCGGGGUUCUGCUGUAUAUACAGCUAUUUCGAGAAAGGUUGUCGCAAAAACUGUGCACGCAACAAUCCCGAAAGGUAAUAUGGGAUAUGAUCAAUACACUUGUUCUUGACACUGUAGCUGUCGAGCCUACUUUUUUUGUUUUCCUUUAGCCCUCGCAAACAUACGUCCAUGCCCUCUCCUGCCAUUCUGUGAAAUUUAUUUGAGAAAAAGUGAACUAAAAACCACCCACAAUACUUUUCCGGAUUGCCGCGUGCACUUUUUCCGACAACCUUUUUCGAAACAGCUGUAUGUAUACAACCAGACAAAGCAAGCAAACGAACAAAAUUGUCAGUGGCAAUAGCUAAGUACGGUGGCUCUGAGCUAGUGUCUGGGUGAAAUAAUAUACAAUUGGACCAUUUUAACUUAGGCUCUUGAGGAGUACUUUAUGUGAAACUAUUUGUUUUCAGUAUUCUAGCAAUCGGAAUUUGGCAUUUUUAUGCAAUAAUAAUGUUUUGGAUGGUCUUGGCAGUGAGAAGUAUAGAUGUAGAGUGAAUGCUUUGUAGAUAUUUCUCAUCUUGACAAUUUUGCAUGGCUUUCUCAUGUUAGGACCCUCUCUAUUCUCAGUGCUGGCGUGAAGUGGAAGAAAGUGGUAUCCUUCAAAUGGAGCUUGUGGAACAUGUUUUUUCGAAAUUUAAAAGCCAACGUGUUGAAAAGGAAGACAUCUUAGACAUGAUGGAGCAGUUCGGUUUGAUAGCAAAGUAUACGUCCACGGCCACCAGUACUAAGUACUUUGUACCUGCUCAGCUCAAGACCACGCCCAAAAGCAUUUGCAAACUGGAGCCAUCCCCUUCUGACCCAUGUCCCUUGUAUCUUCACUUUGCCGGUGGGUUUGUUCCCCACGGUCUCUUCACACAGCUGGUGUCAAGGUUCAUUUCUUGGUGCUGUAAGACAUGGAAGACAGAACUCCCUAGCCUCUACCGAAAUGGUGCUUGGUUUGUUGUUGGAAAACAGGUAGUCUGUGAUUUCAUUCUUCUUUGCAAGAAGAGUUUCAUCAAGAUUGUCCUCAAGCAAAGAAAACAAGAUUCAAUCGUUUCAAAGGCAGAAUUGGCUGAAAUAGCCAGACGUGUCUGUAUGUUCAUAGAAGAAGUUUUACAAAUGCUGUCUAACGAACUGCCAUGCCUCAGUGGAUUGCAGCAUCAAUUAUGUGUUGCCUGUCCCCACUGUCUGACUGAUUGUCCAAACCAUCAACAAGCGUUAUGUCCCCAUGAAGACUGUUUGCACCUUUUUGCAUUAAAAAAGGGACAGCGUUUUAUUUGCACAAAGGUCCCUCGUGGGUGCGUGAAAACGGUCCCUGGAAUGGAGAAGUGGUUGUCACUAAGAAAUCAGGUAUAGCUUUGUUGUUUUUAGGUGAUGGUCAUAUUUUCCUUCGUUUAAAAGUAACAUGGCUUGAUAUUGUUUGCUUAGUGCGACAAUAUUAAUAAGUUCCUUUUUGUAAAUGGAAAAGCAGUUUCUACCAUGUUAUACACGGAAAUCCCCUUUGCACUAUUGCUGGAAGAGAGUAUUCUAGUGCAACAAAGCUUAAGCAAGGUUCUAGCUUGAAAGUCAGUAAUCUCACUGAGAACAUCACAAAGUAGAGUAAUUUUCUGAUCACUUUAAUAACUUUUAAGCUUGUAUGUUUUGUUUUCCCAAUUCAGACCACGUGAUGUUCUGAAACGAAAUUGUUUUUGUCUUUUCAUAAAUUAUGCAUACAUUUGCACCUUUGAAAGAAACAGUUCUCUGGGGUAACACGCCAUCACCUGGUCUGAAAUGGGAAAACAAAACAUACAAGCUAGAAAGGUCUAUUAGCCCCUUACGUCACUGACUUCGCUUCAAGGAGUGUUCUUCUUAGGUGGCUGGUAAUGGAUUUCAACAUCUAUACUUCGCCAGAUCAAUACUACGGCUUUUAAACUGGGCGGCUGAUAACAAGAGUAACAUUUUUUUCUUCUUUUCUGUUUAUACGAAAGUCAAAGUACAGAAAGCGACAAGAAUUACUUUCAAGUCUUUGUCCAACCAUUCUUCUUUGUAUUUUUUGGGGGGUUCCGAGACUGGUGUGAUAGCACUUAUUUGUUUUGAAAGCAUUUUUGGAUAUGAAGCAUUUCUUCCCCCCCACCCCCGUCUUAAUGCAACGAUUACCUGGUAGUUUUAUUUUUCAGUUCGUUGCAAGAGGUAAGUAAAUAUUGACGUGUGUGCUCUUUUAAUAGUGGUUAUUUUGCUUCUACAAGGGCUUGAAUCUUUCUAGAUCAGUUGCAACAAGAGGAGUCGGAGAGGUCGAAAGUGAUUCAGAGAAUUCUUCAAAACCACUAAAUGUUACUUUGUUGGCCGGUGAGUGGGGUUCAUCUAUGGGUGGUUUGUCAACUAUCAAUAGAGAGCUCGCCAUUCAGUUGGCGAAACACGACCUAGUCAAAGUCACUUUCUUGGUUCCAAAAUUUAAAUGUCGUGAGGAAGAAAAGAGAGAUGCGGAAAGCUACAACAUUGCUAUUAGAGAAGUACCGCCUCUCCCAGGGUUUGAUGAUCCCCUAGACUGGUUGAGAAAUCCUCCAAGAGACCUUACCAUCGACAUCAUUGUGGGCCAUGGGGCAAAGUUGGGAAAACAUGCCCAACUAAUUAAAACGUCUCACGGUUGUAAGUGGGUACAGGUAGUUCACACCGCACCUGAGGAACUUGGAGCGUUCAAGGAUUAUCCUAGAGCAAGAGGCAGAGGUGAAGAGAAGAACAGAGCUGAAGUGGACUUGUGCACACUGUCGGAUCUUGUUGUUACAGUCGGGCCCAAAUUGAGAGAGGUCUAUUCCUCCUACCUUCGAUUCUGUAAGAAACACCAAUAUAUCUUUCAGCUUACUCCUGGUAUAUUCCAUGAAUUUUCAAUGCUGGAACAAGCUACAAGCGAAGAAGGAAAGUUUAAGGUGUUAACCUUUGGCCGCGGUGAUUCGGAAGACUUUAGUCUCAAAGGAUAUGACAUUGCCGCCGAAGCAGUGGUUGAAUUGAAAGAUAGCUCUUACUGCCUGGUGUUCGUGGGCGCUCCCAUUGGGAAACAAGACGAAGUCGCCCAACACUUGCUCCAGACUGGAAUCGCUAAAGAUCAGCUGAUUGUGAGAGAGUUUGUACAGAGCAAGGAGAGGUUAAAAGAGUUGUUUUGUGAGGUUGAUCUUGCCAUCAUGCCUUCCAGAACAGAAGGUUUUGGAUUAACAGCUUUGGAGGCGUUGUCUGCUGGUGUUCCGAUUCUGGUGAGUGACAAUUCAGGAUUUGCCCACGUGCUGCGCGAUUUACCAUCAGGAGAAUCUUUUUUGGUAAAUUUUGAUGACCCCAAGAAAUGGGCGAAAGCAAUUGCCGCUGUUCGCCGAAAAAGGAGAUCACAACGACUUCAAGACGUCCAAGCCCUGCGGACUAGUUAUGAAGCGAAGUACAACUGGGAAGAGCAGUGUGGAGCCCUUGUUGAGAAGAUGUGGAGUAUGGUCCAAGGUAAUAUUUUUGCUAGUUUUGUGCCUACGGUUAGUAAAGAAUGA